CUGUAACUUAGACUCCAGUGUGCCGCGCAGUGUGCGCAAAUUCAUAAACCCUCCUUCAGCUUUGGUGGUUUCUGAAUCCCGAGAGUUGAAACCCAGCGGGAAGACCCUCUUCACUCUCAAAAAGAUGACAACCCACAGAGAGGUAACUUCUGUUUACAUGGAACUCAGAAGUCUCCUGCAAAUCAUGGUUUAGCUAAUGCACCUGAAAAAUGGGGAUAAUAUUACAGGCCAUAGAGUUAUGAGAAUUCAACAAGACAAUGUACAGCACUUGGCACAUGGAAAAACGAUGAAUGAACAGUUGCUAUUGGGCUUAACAUGUCUCCAUACCCCAAGAUCGUAAGGCCAGAGAAUGGCAGGUGAACAGAAACCCUCAAGUAAUCUCCUGGAACAGUUUAUUUUACUAGCCAAAGGUACUAGUGGCUCAGCCCUCACUGCUCUCAUAAGCCAAGUCUUGGAGGCGCCUGGAGUGUAUGUAUUUGGAGAACUGCUGGAGCUGGCCAAUGUGCAGGAGCUUGCAGAAGGAGCGAAUGCUGCGUAUUUGCAGUUGCUGAACCUGUUUGCCUAUGGAACAUACCCAGAUUACAUAGCCAACAAGGAGAGCCUGCCAGAACUGAGCACAGCUCAGCAGAAUAAGCUGAAGCACCUUACCAUCGUGAGCUUGGCGUCGAGAAUGAAGUGUAUCCCCUACUCCGUGCUGCUGAAGGACCUGGAGAUGCGGAAUCUCCGGGAACUGGAAGACCUCAUCAUUGAGGCUGUCUACACUGACAUCAUCCAGGGCAAGUUGGACCAGCGAAACCAGCUGCUAGAAGUGGACUUCUGCAUUGGCCGUGACAUCCGAAAGAAGGAUAUCAAUAAUAUUGUCAAGACCUUGCACGAGUGGUGUGAUGGAUGUGAAGCUGUUCUGCUAGGCAUCGAGCAGCAAGUUCUGAGGGCCAACCAGUACAAGGAGAACCACAGCCGAACUCAGCAGCAGGUGGAGGCAGAGGUUACCAACAUCAAGAAGACCCUCAAAGCUACUGCAUCCUCCUCGGCUCAGGAGAUGGAGCAACAAUUGGCUGAACGGGAGUGUCCCCCUCACACUGAGCAGAGGCAGCCCACCAAGAAGAUGUCCAAAGUGAAAGGUCUGGUCUCCAGCCGCCACUAGGGCUGGCUGGGGCAGCUGGCACUCACCAGGCCUGGGUCAGGUGGGGAGGGGACACCAAGGGCCUAUUUCCUCCUCUCUCUACCUUCGUGAGUUCCAGACCUGCCCAUCCCCUCACCAGCGCCUCCCACCCUAUUGGUACUGUUUCAGAAGAACCGUUAACUCCUUUUCCUCACCCACACCCACCUUCCCCAGUUGUUCCCUUCAGACUCAGGGGCUCCACUGAUGCCAUCCCGACAGUGGCAGACACUGCCCAGCUUCCCUCCCGGAGGUUCUUGUCUCUGUUUAAGGGCUUGUCUCCCAGUUUUUCUUCUGCUCCAUGUUAUUUUGUCAGGCUGGUCACAGCAGAGGCAGCUUUAGCUGGCCACAGGGAUGGCCGUGAAGGAGGCUCUGCUCUGAGUGAGGCGGGGCCCUCCUUCCGCCCUGUGCACCACAGCACCCACACUGGUGCAGGCACUCUAGCCGGGGAUCAGAACGCUUUGUUUCCCUCUCCUGCCUUGUCCCUCGUUGGCAGCUCCGAUCAUGCCAUGGGGGGAUGUGAUGCUGGGCUGUUUACUAAACCUGCGGGUGUUCAGCCUCUUAAGCCCAGCUCAAAUCUCUCAUUAGUUGGGAGCACUGGGUUGACUAACACCUGAUAUCUGAGGACCAGUGGAGGCUGCUGUGGGUCUGCUCGGUGGCAGAAGCGUCUUCCAGCUUGGUGUUCUCUGCCGCCUCUGACUCCUCUGACUGGUGUUCGUUGUGAAGGCCCAGCUGCCCACUGGGGCUGCCUGCCAACACUUGCUCUCCCAGGGUCUUUAAUUACUCCCGGCUGCAUCUGUGGUGGGGAUGGUGGUGCCGAGGCCCCUUUCUCUGGGGAAGGACCUGUUGCUGCUUCUGUCUUUCUUUCCACCCCUCCUUGGCUGAUGACCCAGAGCCCUCUGAUGAUGGCAUUCUCCUGGCAAGAGGAAAGGACUUGACUAGCCUUUCUGAACUUGAACAGUUUCAGGUUAUAUUUUAAUUUUUUUUUUUUGUACAGGUUCUGAUUCUAAUACAUUUCAACAUGCCUUUUCCCCCCCUCGUGUCAAUAUUUGUUAUAGACGAAUCGCCGGGGAUUUUUCACCUGGUUGGAGGGUGGCGUGUGUGUAUGUGUGUGUGUUUUUUUUGUUUGUUUUUUUUUAAGGGGAAGUGGAGGUCUGGACUGAUUAAAGUUCACUGAGGGCAGAAGCACAUUUUAGAACAAAAAUAAAGUGUAGCUUUACUGUAUGUGACUGGCGUGCGGGGGGGUUGCAUAGCUGGUGCAUCUGGGGGGCUGGGAGUAGGGGCUUAGGGAGACAUUGUGCUGUUUCAGGAUCUGGAGAAAAUGCAUUUCUCCUUUCUGACAUGUCCAGCAGCUGCCUCCUGUUGAUCAAAUGUUAACCAAGUUAUUCUCGUUUCCCCUCUAAGCUGGCCCAUGUGCCCAUAUAACAUUAUGUCCAACGGGAGAGUUUAAUUCCCAAAGUAUGUUUCAUGAAACCUCUUGACGGCUGCUCUGUGGAAAAGGGGUUCUGUUGUGAAAUAAAUUUGGCACAUCCUGCAUCCCAUAUCCUCACUGGAAAUUUCAUUCUUAUGAUCUCAGAGAAGGCCUGGGGGAGGAAGCCUGUUCCCACACUGAUGUCACCACCAAAUCCUUUUUGGUGAUACCUAAUGGAACACGUUUUGGGGAAAAAAUUUUGGAAACGUUAUAUUUCUCAAAAAUACCUCCCAGCCUUAUAGGAUUUUCUACAACUACUGUCAUGUGGUGCUCAAUGAUGGGACAUAACUCUGAGAAAUGCAUCAUUAGGCAGUUUCGUCAUUGUGCGGAAAUCAUAGAGAACACUUACAGCAACCUAGGUGGCCUGGCCUACUGCACACCUGAGUGUGGUCUAGCCAGUUGCUUUUAGGUUACAAGCCUGUACAACAUGUUACUGUUCGGAAUAUUGCAGACAUGGAAAAGGUACAGUAAAAAUAAGGUAUUAUAAAAGUAAACAGUGGCACACCUGUGUAGGGCACAUACCAUGAAUGGAGCAUUUAGGCCUGGGAGUUGCUCUAGGUGUCAGUGAGUGUGGUCAGUGAAGGCGAAGGCCCAGGACUUGGCUGCGUACUGCGGUAGCCUUUACAAACACUGGACACUUAGGUGCACUGAACUUACAGAAACUGUUUUUCUUCAAUAACAAAUUGACCCUAGCUUACUGUAACUUUUUUACGUGAUAAACUUUUAAAAACUUUUUGGCUCUUCUGUAAUAACACUUAGCUAAAAACAUGUUGUA